UUUCCACCAGCCGCAGGGUGUUUGUGUGUCAGGUUCCAGGUCCUCUUCACCUUGAGGAGCCAUAACCUUUGGUCAAGUUUGUUGGUGGAUCUUUAACUGUUUGACACAGCCUCAGCAGCAGGUGUUCAGAGGAUUGUGCAAGUCCCAGUAGUUCUAGACGAGGCGUGUGUGCAGUGUGUGCCCUCGUUCUAGUCCCCCAUAGGCUGAUAUUUUCCCCAGGGGGCAACAGUCGAGUACCUGCAACGGGUAAAGGUUGAUCCAGGUCUGUCCUGCACCUGACUGCUCCUGUCAACUUGAUGCCAUUCAGCUCUGUCACUAAACAAGCAAAUACAAGAUGAGCAUCCAAGGAGAUUCAGUUAUGAGCAACGGCGUUGCAGUCAUGGAUGUUAAUACUGAGAGCAUCACUUCCCAAAAGGCACACACAAUGUCAGACUCAAAGACCCACUCCACUGUCAUCCUCAAUGGAGAUGUCGCCACAGCAGAGCUCAGUGGAUCAUCAGCUUCAGAGAGCCAGGAGACUCAUCCCUCUGGCACUGCUGAGACACUGGCUGAACCACCCAGAUCUCCUGAGCUGGAGGAAGCUACUGAGGAACUUUCACUAGAGGAGCCCAAAGCAGUUCCCCUGUCGACGGCGACUCUGGCAACAACUCUGGCUCCAGCUGAUCAGCUAUGGAGCACCAGCAGAGACAAGGCAGUCAGGCUGAGGAUGGAGGGCUCGGGCCAGGCCUCCGAGACUCCCAUCACCAUCCAUCAAAUGUUCCUGCAGACGGUGGAGAAAUACGGGGAUCAUCCCGCUUUGGUUUCCAAACACGAAGGCCAGUGGGUGACCCUGACAUGGAGGCAAUACUACGAACAGUGUCGGGCAGCUGCUAAAAGUUUUCUCAAGUUGGGGCUGGAGCGUUACCAUGGUGUAGGGAUCCUGGGAUUCAACUCCCCCGAGUGGUUCAUCUCAGACAUUGGCUGCAUCUUGGCCGGUGGUCUGGCAACCGGCAUUUACACGACCAACUCGCCUGAGGCUUGUCAGUAUGUGGCUGCCAACUGUGAGGCCAACAUCCUGGUUGUGGAGAACCAGAAACAGCUUGACAAAAUCCUGCAGGUUAAAGAUCAACUACCUCAUCUGAAAGCCAUUGUCCAGUAUAAGGGAGAGCUGCAGCAGAAAGCACCAUUCCUGUAUACAUGGGCAGAGUUCAUGAAGCUGGGAGAGGACGUGCCCAAUGAGCAGCUCAACGCUGUGAUUGACAGUCUUCGGGCCAACGAGUGCUGUACACUCAUCUAUACCUCUGGAACCACUGGCAACCCAAAGGGAGUCAUGCUGAGCCAUGAUAAUGUGACAUGGACAGCCCAUACAGCAUCUACCAUGGUAGAUUAUGUCCCUGCCACAGAGGUGGUGGUCAGUUACCUACCACUCAGCCAUGUGGCAGCCCAGAUGUUUGACAUGUGGAUCACCAUGGUUUUUGGCGCAACCAUCUACUUUGCAGAGCCAGAUGCCCUCAAGGGCUCCUUAGGAAUAACACUGAGAGAGGCUCGCCCCACUUUUUUCAUGGGGGUCCCUCGAGUAUGGGAGAAGAUGCAGGAAAAGAUGAGAGCCAUUGGUGCCAAGGCAUCCCCAAUGAGGAAGCGAGUGGCUGACUGGGCAAAAUCCAUAGGCCUGCAGUACAACUACAGUGCCAUGAGCGGGGAGAAUCAGGUGCCAUGGGGUUUCAUGCUGGCGAACAAUCUGGUCUUCAAGAAGGUGCGUGCUGCAUUGGGCUUAGACCGCUGCAAGACCUGCUUCACAGGUGCUGCCCCCAUCACCAGAGAGACUUUAGAAUACUUCAUGAGCCUGAACCUCCCAUUGAUGGAGCUAUAUGGCAUGAGUGAAAGCUCCGGUCCACACACCGUCUCAGUUAACAACGCCUACUGCAUCACAAGUUGUGGGAAGGUCAUGCCAGGUUGCAAGACGCGGCUGGAUAACCCAGAUAAGGAUGGAAAUGGAGAGAUCUGUUUCUGGGGACGGAACGUCUUCAUGGGCUACCUGAACAUGCCCGACAAAACGGCCGAGGCUCUCGACCAGGAUGGCUGGCUACACUCUGGUGACCUGGGAAGACAUGACCAGCGCGAAUUCCUGUACAUCACAGGGAGGAUCAAGGAGCUGAUCAUCACCGCCGGCGGAGAGAACAUCCCUCCCGUGCCCAUUGAGGAUGCACUGAAGGCCGAGGUGCCAAUCAUCAGCAAUGUCAUGCUGAUCGGAGACAAGCUCAAGUUCCUCUCCAUGCUGCUCACUCUGAAAUGUGUUGUAGACGACAAUGGUGAUCCCACAGACGAGCUGAGCCCAGAGGUUUUGGACUUCUGCCAGCAGCACAGCGUCACAGCAACCAAGGUUUCGGAGAUCGUAGCCAAUAAGGAGCCCGCCAUCUACAAAGCCAUUCAGGAGGGCUUGGAGCGCGUCAACGCCAGAGCAACGUCCAACGCCCAGAAAGUCCAGAAGUGGGUCAUAGUGGAGCGAGAUUUCUCAAUUGGUGGUGGAGAACUGGGACCCACCAUGAAACUGAGAAGGCCCAUUGUUGUGAAGAUGUACCAGGAGAAAAUAAACGAAAUGUAUGCAGUUGCUACGGAAAAACAGUAAAUUGUACUGCACAGAGAUGAGAGAGGUUUGUAAUUUAAAGGUUGCUAUAUUUUUUUGCUAUCACUACAUAGCCAAUGUUAGCAGCCAUUGCUUUUUUUAAGACAAGAGGUCUGGCCGACAAUACUUACUUAUCCUCUCAUGUUGGACUGAGGGCAGACUGGAUGCCAGGUUAGGGCUAGCUGGUUAGAAUACUAAUUUAAGUAGAGGGAAAAAAGCGAUAGGAAUAGCAGCAAAAAAAGAACUGACACUGGUGUUGGUUUACACCACUGGAGACAGCUCUUGGCGAGUAAAGUAAUGAAGCUUGAUACUGAGCUCGCAACAUGUCUUCUAGACUGGUAAUUAAACAGCUUUUCUAAUGUUGGCUAUGUAGAGAUAGCAAAUACUUACAUAUAGCUCCUUUAAGGGGAAAAAUCUUGAUUCUGGUGGUGUUUUAUUUAAUAAAGGUUUGUGCUGCUAUGUUUUAAUAUGUCUUUUAGUAAGUCUCUCUGUUCCAAAUCGAUAUUUAAGCUGUUAGAUGUACAUACAGUUUCACUGCAACUGUGCACUUUUUGUAAAUUAAAAAUCAGAGCCAAAUCUUGCCAUUUACCAUAUGGCAUAUACAGGUGAAUCGUACACUGUCACUCAGCACCAGUCACAUGUGGAGUGGGGAACACUGGAUAGUGUCUGUCAUCAUUUUGGGAGGUACACUUUUGCAUUUUUAGUUUUUAAAUGAAAUUUUGUGAACCAUAACCGACUGUGGCCUAAAUAGGAAAGUUUUUUUGUGUGAUCAUGAGCAUAUAUGUAUUUUAUUUUUGAAGCAGCAGUAUCUAUUUAAAUAUUUUACAGCAUUGAUUGCCAGUUUUCUGACAUAUGUUUUGUACGUUAGAUAAUCCCCAUCUGGCAAAGCUACUGCAGACAUUGCCUCUGUAGAUUGGAGAUGAUGUUUGAAUAUGUGUUUUUAUGAUAUGAUAAGAAUAUUACUAGUCUGAAUAUAACCAGUCACAAACAUGUGCAAAUUACAAAGCAUAAAUUUGAAUUUGUGCUUCUCCAUGUACAGUUUGACGAAUACUGAAAUGUUUAUUUUGUGAUAGUUGUUCCCUGAUUCUCAAUAAAAAAAAAAAAGAGUGAUUUGGACAAAUUA